AAUGGGUCCGAAAGCCAAUCUCCAAAGCAUGGCGUCCGUUUGCUCCCUUCGUUUGCAAACAACGCUCCUACGGCGACACCGCUCUCCAUCUUAUGUUUCGAAAUGCAGAAAUCGAUCGAUUCUCUGCUUCCAGAAUAUCCAAACGGAUCGCGAUUCGAGGAAUGGCUUCAAAGAAGAAUCGAUAAGGAGAAGGAGAGACGUUUUGAUUCAAUUCCUAUUCUGCGGUUCUUCCUUCCAUUCGAUCUUUGCAGGAUCCGCUUCUGCAGAGACCGAUCUGAAAGAGGACUUUCGUAUCUACUCCGAUGAUUCAAAUAAGUUCCAGAUAUCAAUUCCACAAGAAUGGCUCGUGGGUGCAGGUGAACCUAAUGGUUACAAAUCGGUGACUGCGUUUUACCCAACAGAAGCUUCGAAUUCUAAUGUCAGUGUUGUAAUUACAGGGCUUGGUCCGGAUUUUACCAGACUGGAAUCUUUUGGCAAAGUCGAUGCUUUUGCGGAGAGUCUGGUAAGUGGCUUGGACAGAAGCUGGCAGAGACCCCCUGGUUUGGCUGCAAAACUUUUAGAUUCUAAAGCUGGAAAUGGGUUGUAUUACAUCGAAUAUUCGUUGCAAAAUCCCGGUGAAAGCUGCCGGCACAUAUUUUCUGCCAUUGGCAUGGCAUCCAACGGUUGGUACAACAGACUAUAUACCGUAACUGGGCAGUUUUUGGAGGAAGAGUCGGAGAUAUACAGAUCCAAAAUUGAGAAGUCGGUGUCGUCUUUCAAGUUGUUCUGAGGAAAACAGCGAGGAUCAUGGAUGCCAAGUUUUUGAGCUUUUCAUGAACUCAGAGAGCUGGACCCAAUCGUACCUGUUCGUUGACCAAAGAUGGGAGUAACUAUCUCUUUUCAUCUUUCAUGGCCUUCUGUUAUGCCAUAUACUAUAAUAUCAGAUGUAACUGAUAAAGGCAUUCAUCACCGUUUGUAUAAGAAAUCAUAACAAAAUGGCACUUA